CUCUGUCUUCCUCCCAGAUUCCCGAAACAUGCACGUUAGCUUUAUUAGAUUCUUAGUCCGAGCGUGUGCAAAGGGUUGCAAAUGUUUCUUGCUUAUGUAUUUGAUAAAACAAGAACGUGCCAAAGGAACGCGCUUGGGGGAGGUGGUGACUCAGCGACAUGCAAUACAGCCUCCUUACCACAAGACGUCACUGUUGCGUUUUUUAAAAAAAUUUAAAGUUAUACAGACGAUUAAUUUUUCCAAACGUCUCUAAAAGCUGAGUAAUUGUGAUUCCUAAAACAUGGUUUUGUUACAACGGCGUGUUUGUGUUUAUUUCAAGCGUUCUUCAUGGACACCUAACAAUUCCAAUCAUGUCCCCUGGAAGGCAACAGUGAGCCAGGAAAUAAUGCAAAUGAAGGAAAACUAAAACUACACAUCAUACUGUCUGUGUUCCCUUUAUGUAUUCCAAAACUGAACAAACGGAAGCCCGCGCAGCUUUGGAAGGUGUCGAAAAGAAAGAAAGAAAAAAGACGAAACGACAACUUGGAUAUCCCAACACGGUUCUGCUGUGAUCCAGUUUGCGUGUGUCAUGCUGCGCGUGUUCAUUCUGUGCGCAGAAGGCCUGCAAACGCCGGAUGACGACAUCAGCGACGCCUACUGCACCGUCACCCAUGAAGGGUCAAAGAAGAAGACCAAGGUCAUCAAGAACAACCCCAAUCCCGUUUGGAACGAGGGGUUUGAAUGGGAUCUGCAGGGAGUUCCUUUCCAGCCGGGGGCCGAGCUUCACUGCGUCGUCAAGGACCACGAGAAGAUGGGGAGGAACAGGUUUCUGGGUGAAAGCCGGCUCGCCUUCGGAGACGUGCUCAGCUCUCCCAACCUGGCCGCAUCCUUCACCGUCUCUCUGCUGGACACCAAGAGGAACAACACGGGGGCCACGCUGACCUUGCAGGUUUCCUUCAUCCCUCCUCCCGGCUCAGCUGCCAUCUUCCAGUCCCCGGCGCUGCCUCACAGCAACCCGAAUGUGGAGCCGGACACUGUCACAAUGAUCUCCCUGGACACUCUGGGCGAGGGGGACACGGAGAGCAUGAUCAUGCUGGAGGCCCCGGAGGAGCAGGGUGAGGACGACGGGCGCUCCGUGGUGCCGGUCGGCCCCCAGGGACCUCAGAGCCGAGAGUCGCCCGCCGCCCAGACCCCAAAACGCUCGCCGCAGUCUUACAACGCCCACAGAGCGCUGAAGAGGAGGCGGAGGGGCACCAGCGGUCAGCCCAAACCGCUGGCCCACAAGCCUCAGGACAUUCAGGUUCGCGUGCGGGUCAUCCAGGCUCGACAGCUGCCGGGCGUCCACGUCAACCCGGUCGUCAAGGUAACGGUGGCCGGGCAGAGCAGGAGGACGCGCAUCCGCAGAGGCAACAACCCCACUUUUGACGAGACUUUCUUCCUGAACUUCUUUGAGACGCCGUCCGACUUGUUCGAUGAACCCAUCUUCGUCACGGUGUGCGACUCGCGCUCCCUCAGAAGGGACGCCGUCAUCGGAGAAUUCAAGCUGGACGUGGGCGCCGUCUACAGCGAGCGCCGACACUGCUACUUGAGGAAGUGGCUGCUCCUCUGUGACCCCGACGACCUGUCUGCUGGGGUUAGAGGUUACCUAAAAGUCAGCCUGUGGGUGUUGGCCGCCGGAGACGAGCCGCCGGCGGACAAGCGCGAGUGUGUGGAGGACAAGGAGGACAUCGAGGGGAACCUGCUGAGGCCCGCCGGUUUGUCCCUCAGAGGAGCCGCCUUCACCUUGAGGGUCUUCAGGGCCGAGGACCUUCCCCAGAUGGACGAUGCCUUCAUGGACGGGAUGAGGCAGGUUUUCGGAUUCGACAGCAACAGGAAGAACUUGGUGGAUCCUCUGGUGGAGAUCCAUUUUGCUGGCAAAACAGUCUGCACAAAGGUUCUGGAGAAGAACGCCAAUCCACAAUGGCACCAGAGUCUCACGAUGCCAAUAAGGUUUCCGUCCAUGUGUGAGAAGAUGAGGAUCCGACUCCUUGACUGGGACCGAGCCAGUCACAAUGAUGUCAUUGGCACCGCCCACCUCUGUAUGUCCGAGAUCUCGGCGCCCGGAGGGGAGAUUGAGGACGACUUGACCCCACGGAGCGCCCCCUCUGGCAUGGACGACACGCUCGGAUUCCUGCCCACAUUUGGUCCGUGUUUUGUCAACCUGUACGGCGGUCCCAGAGAGUUCAGCACCUUCAACGACCCCCACGAAGCGCUGAACCUCGGAAAGGGUGAGGGUGUGGCCUACCGAGGUCGGGUCUUGCUGGAGCUGACCACAAAGCUGGUGGACAAACCGGAGCCCAAAAACGAAGACAUCUCGUCAGACCGUCUGCUGGUGGUCGAGAAAUUCCUCAGAAAGAGGAAAUUCUCCCUCUUUGUGGCGUUUUAUUCUGCCACGCUCCUCCAAGGCGUCGACGACGCCGUCCAGUUUGAGGUCAGCAUCGGCAACUACGGCAACAAGUUCGACUCCAGCUGCCUGCCGCUGGCCUCCACCACCCAGUUCAGCAGGGCCGCGUUUGACGGUUGUCACUACUAUUACCUCCCGUGGGGAAACGUCAAGCCGGUGGUCGUUCUGUCGUCGGCGUGGGAAGAUAUCGCUCCGAGGAUCGAGGCUCUCAACAUGCUUUUGGCUGCCCUCGACCGACUGGAGGCCAACCUGCAGCGGGUGCAGCUGGAAAUGAAGGCGGGAAGCCAUAUGGACGAGCUGGAGCUACGUGUGGUGGAGCUGCUGGAUCAGGUGAUCACAGACUGCAGUCAGGAGCCGCCGACUCUCGAGCGCUGGCCGUGCGCGACUCCUCUGGACCGCUCGCUCCGACACGUCCGCGCUCUGCACCUGCAGCAGAUCGCGGCGGCGGCGCUGGCCCUCAAGCACGGGCCGGCGACGGAGCUUUCCACCGUGGUGGAGCAGGCGGACGACUGGGCCUGCCGCCUGCGGAGCUUGGCCGCGGAGCCCCAGAACAGCCUUCCCGACAUCGUGAUCUGGAUGCUGCAGGGCGAGCGAAGGGUGGCGUACCACCGCAUCCCGGCGCACACGGUCCUCUACUCUGAGCGCCACGCGGGCAAACACUGCGGGCAGCUGCAGACCGUCUUCCUCAAAUUUCCACAAGGCGGCGGCGGGGAGGCCAAGCUUCCCGGUCAGCUCCGGGUCAAAGUGUGGUUCGGACUGGCCGCCGACGACAAACACUUCAACCUGUACGCUGAGGGCAAACUGUCCGUGUUCGCAGAGACGUACGAGAAUCAGACUCGGCUCGCCCUCGUGGGCAGCUGGGGGACUACGGGUCUUACUUGCCCCAAGUUCAGUGACGUGACGGGAAGGGUGAAACUGCCCAAGGAGAGUUUUAAACCCUCGCCUGGCUGGAACUGGGCCGGGGAUUGGUACAUAAGCCCCGAGAGAACACUGCUGUUUGAUGCGGACGCUGGUCACAUGACCUACACGGAGGAAGUCUUUGAAAACCAGAUGAGGUUACCCGGUAGCCAGUGGAUCGGCAUGCCCGAGGGAUACGCCGAUGUGAACGGGGAGAAGGCCGUGCCCAAAGACGACGUGGAGUGUCCUCCAGGCUGGGUGUGGGAGGAGCCGGAGUGGAGCGAGGACCUCAACAGGGGCGUGGACGAUCACGGCUGGGAGUACGGCAUCACCAUCCCACCGGACCGCCGGCCCAAGUCGUGGGUGCCCGCGGAGAAGAUGUACCACACCAACCGGCGAAGGCGCUGGAUGCGCAUGAGAAGGCGGGACCGGCAGAAGAUGGAUGCGCUCAGAAAGCAGCGUCCGGACGAGGCGGCGUGCGAGGGCUGGGAGUACGCCUCGCUGUUCGGCUGGAGGUUCCACCUGAAGCCCAGGAAGACCGACAGCUUCCGGAGGCGGAGGUGGAGGUGCCGCAUGGAGCCCCUGGAGAAGACGGGCCCGGCGGCCAUCUUCGCUCUGGAGUGCUCCCUGAGCAGCAUAGAAGACAAACACGACGACAAGUCUGUCACCACCACCACCUUUGGAGUCCACAGACCCACCAUUACCUGCUUCUUUGACCUGGGCACCCGCUACCACCUGCGCUGCUACCUGUAUCAAGCCAGGGAGCUGAUGGCCAUGGACAAGGACAGCUUCUCUGACCCCUACGCCAUCGUGUCUUUCCUCCAUCAGUCUCAGAAGACGGUUACGGUGCGAAACACCCUCAAUCCCACCUGGGACCAGACACUCAUCUUCUACGACGUGGAAAUCUUCGGGGACGCUGAGGCCACGAUGGCCACCCCCCCGCAUGUGCUGGUGGAACUUUAUGACCAGGACACAUACGGAGCGGACGAGUUCAUGGGUCGCUGCGUGUGCUCGCCCUCGCUGAGCCGCUCGCCCCGACUGGCCUGGUUCCCGAUCCGCCUCGCCGACAAAGACGCCGGCGAACUGUUGGCGGCUUUUGAGCUCGUACGCCGGGAGAAGCCGGCAGUUCACCACGCUCCAGGGCAGGAGGCUGACAUCGGGAGCGCCAGCCCUGUUCUGGACGAGUUGACGUUCCCAGGGUUCCUCUGUGACAGCGUGCAGACACGGCCGGAGGAGUCGGACCUGCCGCGCCUGCCGCCUCAGAGGGAGCCCAAUGUCUUCGUGGUGCCUCGGGGGAUCAAACCUGUUCUGCGGAGAACCGCCAUCGAGGUGUUGGCUUGGGGUGUCCGCAACCUGAAGAGCUUCCAGUUGGCCAGCGUCAGCUCUCCGAGCCUGCAGGUGGAGUGCGGCGGCGCCGCGGUCCAAAGCUGCGUCAUCCGCAGCGUGAAGAAGAAGGCCAACUUUGACGUCAACGCCCUCUUCCUCGACGUGAGACUCCCCCUCGAGGAGCUCUACAUGCCCCCCAUCGUGAUCAAGGUCAUCGACAACCGUCAGUUUGGCAGGAAGCCCGUGGUGGGGCAGUGCACCGUCCGUUCCCUGGAAGAGUACCGCUGCUCCCCCGGGGAGGAGGAGGAGGAGGACGACGACGAGGAGAGGGACCGGGGGGAGUCGGACCAAGGCCGAGGUCAGAUGCCCCGCGUGGUUAGCGGCGACGCCUUCAUUACCGUGGACGACGAGGAGCCGCUCAUCGCGCAUCAGCUUGCAGACGGAGCCAGUUCCGCUCUCAUUAACCUCGCCGCUUCUCGCUGCGGCCUCCACGAGGAAGAGUUGAUGGACUGGUGGAGCAAGUUGUUCGCCUCAACGGGAGAGAUGAACAAGUGCGGGACGUACCUGGAGCGAGGCUCGGACACCCUGCGGGUCUACGAUAGGGAGUUGGAGAAGGUGGAGGCCUUUGAGGGUCUUUCGGAUUUCUGUCAAACCUUCAGACUGCGCCGAGGAAAGACGCAGUUGGAAGGCGACGAUCCUUCAGUUGUGGGCGAGUUCAAGGGUAUGUUUAAGAUCUACGCGUUGCCCGAUGACCCCUCGGCCCCCGCGCCUCCCCGAAAGUUCAGGAAGCUUCCCCCCAACGGCGCGGAGGAGUGUUUGGUCCGAGUCUACGUUGUCCAGGCUCGAGGACUUCAGCCCAAAGAUGCCAAUGGCAAGUGCGACCCCUACGUGAGGAUCACACUUGGGAAGAAGACCAUCAAUGACCAUGAAAACUACAUCCCUUGCACUCUGGAGCCUGUUUUUGGAAAGAUGUUCGAGCUGAGCUGUUCCCUCCACCAGGACAAGGACCUGCAAGUGACGCUGUAUGACCACAACGUGCUGACCAAAGACGAGAAGAUCGGCGAGACGGUCAUUGACUUGGAGAACCGCUUCCUGUCUAAAUACGGAGCCGGCUGCGGUCUGGCGCAGUCGUACCGCCUCUCGGGCGUGAACCGGUGGCGGGACCAGCUCACGCCCAGACAGCUGCUGUCCCGAGUUUGUGAGCGGCAGAAUCUGCGGAAGCCCCUCUACCGCAAAGACACGGUCCACUUCGGAGGGGCGCAGUACGCCGCCGCUGAUCUCGCGGACAGACACGCGUGCCAACGCCACCUGGGCCCGAUCGAGGAGCGUCUCUCGCUCCACAUCCUGAGGCAAAUGGGUCUGGUGCCGGAACACGUAGAGACCCGAGCUCUGUACAACCCGUUGCAGCCCGACAUCGAGCAGGGACGUCUGAUGAUGUGGGUGGACCUGUUCCCCAAGUCUCUGGGACCACCCGGACCCGCCUUCAACAUCACGCCGCGCAAGGCCAAGAAGUUCUUGCUGCGCUGCAUCAUCUGGAACACCAGCGAUGUCAUCCUAGACGACGUCAGUAUCAGCGGGGAGAAGAUGAGCGACAUCUACGUGAAAGGCUGGCUGGACGGGCACGAGCACAACAAGCAGAAGACGGACGUCCACUACCGCUCGCUGGACGGGGAAGCCAACUUCAACUACAGAUUCGUCUUUCCUUUCCUCUACUUGCCCGCCGAGCAGCUCUGCGUUGUCGACAAAAAGGAACAUUUCUGGAAUCUGGACAAAGCUGAAACUAAACUUGCCCCCAGACUGACUAUUCAGGUGUGGGACAACGACAAGUUCUCCUUCGACGACUACCUCGGUCACUUGGUGAUGGAUCUGAACCGCACGAUUCGUCCCGCCAAGUCGCCGGAGAAGUGCGGCCUGCAUCUGCUGGAGCAGCCGGCCGACCCGCGGGCGUCUCUGUUCGAGCAGAGGACCGUCAAGGGUUGGUGGCCCUGCGUCCGCGACCAGGACGGACAGAAACUCCUCGCUGGGAAGGUGGAGAUGUCGCUGGAGAUGGUGACGGAACAAGAGGACGAGGAGAGACCGGCCGGGCUCGGGCGAGACGAGCCCAACGUCAACCCCCACCUGGAGGAACCUCGGCGACCCGAGACUUCCUUCCUGUGGUUCUCGUCCCCCUACAAGACGAUGCGGUUCAUCCUUUGGCGACGCUUCAAGUGGUUCAUCGUCCUCUUCCUCGUCCUCGUUUUCAUCCUCCUCUUCCUCGGCGUCUUCCUCUACUCCUUCCCGAACUACGCUGCCAUGAAGAUGGUGGGCCCGUUUGGACCGGCCCGAGUCGCGCAGUGACCUCGGAGAGGAUUCUCCCAAUCAGAAGCAUCGGCGCUCGUCUCGUCUGCGUCACGCUCGUCUUUCCGUGGCGUCUCUCCUCUCUCUUUCCGUUUCAUGCGCUCCUCUCAUGUGCGCUCACGCAGCGAGGCGGGCGGAGGAAGCGCAGCCAGCAGAACUUGAACGGCCGCCACGGAAUCGGAGAUGGAUUCUGAUGUUGCGAGCGCCCGCUGCGAUGCCUCCGACUCGUUUCGCUGCGGCGAGGAGGGAAAAUUCCAAAUGGACUCAUUAUUCUCUUUGAACGCCAGUCGCGAGCGCUGCUGCGUUCAUACGGAAUUGUCAAAUCUUCAUUUCCUUUCCCCUCAGAUGCUUCUCUUUCUCGUCUUCAUGGCUCCCAUCAUCAUCAUCAUCAUCAUCAUCAUCAGCAGCAGCAGCAAAGGUGGAUCAAGCCACUGAUGGAAAAGUUAGUCUGUGAACUCGACCCGAGUGGAAAAGUUGACUUAGUCGGCCCGCCGGCCUUGUAAACAAAAGUCCCAUUGAGCGCUCAAACGUUGGAAAGACUUUUGGUACCACGUUGACGUGCCAGGUCCAAAGCUGGUGUUGCUUAUUGGUUCUGCCCUCUCCCUCCCCUCCUUUCACUCACUUGGGUGCCGUUAUACUUAUCUCCUUCGUUUAUUCAUACUUGUCCCACCUGCUUUGAAGCCCACAGCCCAAUUGCCCAAACUUUUUGUAUCGCGUACGUCUGUCUCCAUGGCAACACGCAGACGAGCCCUAGAGUUUUUCGUCUUCGCCGUAUUAUCAAUAAAGGUUGACUGCACAG